AUGACCAACAAGACACGGCGAGUUACAGAAUCCCGUCUAUUUCGAUUAUACAUUGGAAACGGAAAUUGGGUCAGUUUGACACGAGAAGUUACAGAUGACCUCAGCGAAAUAUACAAAAACGGCAAGGCCACGCGCUACGAGCUCGCUCCCGGAUUGCUACUCGACAUCUUGCCGAAUGAUGUGGACUGUAACAGCAAGAACACCGACUUGGCAUGUCUGAUGCGUGUGGACUUGUGUUAUGAGAACGAUAACGAAGAGGACACCCAACAGUUACUAUCAAAAUAUGUGAAAGGACGCCUGGAGCAACAAGGUAUCAUCGACGCAUUUCCUCCAACCAGAAAGUCUGACGAUCAGCUACCCAUUGUUACCAGCUUACCUACACAUCGGCAUCUGAGUAUGGUUCCUAUGCCUCCAACAUGUGUCAAUAGACGAACCUCAACAGCAACUCGCAGGGAAGAUACUGCCACAGCUGUAACAGCAGCAGCAACAACGAUAGUGUCGUCUCGUGCUCUUGCGGCGACAACCGAUGAAUCACCACAGGCCAGCAUUAGUAACGGCAGCAAAAAGUUUCCAGCCAAGAAGCGCAGAACUAAACGACGCCGUACUGCUGACAAACAAGAAUCGCCAGUAGAAGAGCGCUCAAAAUAUGUUGACGAGGAUUGUCAUGAUCUGGAAGAGCCGAUGGAACGUUUGUCAACGGCAACCGAUUCAGCGCUGCAGUACCAAUACUAUGCGAUGGGACACCAACAACAGGUAAUGCUAUCGGCUACCCCAUCGACAUAUCGGCCUCCACUUACUACAUACUACGGUGAAGAGAAAAGUAUGCUGUUGAGAACACCGUCUCCGCCUCCAGUACUCGGCGGCUUAUCAAGUAACCAGCAUCAUCCCCAACAACAUGAUCAAGAGCACAGUGACUCUUCGGUCGAGAACAAUCCUUUUUAUGGUGCUAGUGCCGUACUAUCCAACACCGAAGGACAACAGUAUUCUUUGCUUUCUCUGUCUCAUGAGCCGCAAAACUGGACACGCCCUUAUCAUCAACACCAUCGUCCUAGUAUUAUGGCCGGUCAUCAUGAUCACCACAGUAGUGGCGAGCAUCAUUCCAUAGUCGCAGCAGUAGCCAGCAGCAGCGAUAGUGCUUAUUAUUACGGCAACCAAAACGGCGAUAAGAUGCAAGAGUCUGCACCCUACGAAGUGGUUGCUUGCGCUUUACACCAUCAUCAAGAUACUUCGCUUCAUAGUGUGUCGCUGUCCAACUCACCAUCUCCUCAAUCCAUGCUGUUACCUACAUCGUCAGAGCCUUAUACAGCAGGGUCCGCUGCUGCUGCACCGUUUUUUCAGUCAAAUUAUCAGAGCGACCGAGCUUUACCCCACCACCAACAGCAACAGCAGCAGCAACCAGUAGAGUAUGAACAACAUGCUACCUUUUUGGUUGAUUCGGAACCAGCGCCUCAAGACUGA